AUGGCCUCUGAUUUCGUCUCGUGGAAAGUGUUCUUCCUCUCGACACUGUUCCACGCGGCACCCUGGCAAUUGUACACUCCCACCACGCCCGUAUGCUUGUUCAUAUUCCAUAUCUUCAAAAGGCUGGGAUAUAAGAAACAGUGGGGCGACCGGGAAGGCGGGCCCGGAGAAUGGAGCCAUCUGGCAGGACAAGCUUUCUCAAUAGAUCGAAUUUUACCUGACAUAGACAGGCCCACCACUGAUAGCUCUGGCCGAGCCGUGGUACUCGGCCGCCGGAUGGAGAGAAUGGAACAUGUCCCAAUCAGGCAGCAUUAUUUCUCCAAGGAAGAUGCUGUUAUAGGCAACCGCAGCUAUGUGGAUAGUAUUGUGGCUCAUACACGCAAUGCAGCCAUUAUCAGUAAAGUUCCUGGCAAUAGAUGCAUCAAGCGCCUGAUGAUACUGCCUGGUGAGCUCGACCCUUCCCCCAAGCCCUGCCCCAAGCGUCUCCAAUAUACACUGCACGUCCACCUUCACCCCAUCCACCCCAGCCAACGCCAAGUAGCUAUGCAACUCAUUGUAAAACCGGUACACGUUCUUGGGAUUCACCAAACCCAAACCCUCAACAGCUAUAGCAUCCGUCUUCCAUCCAGGCUCGUUUUCCAUAACCCCUUUAGACAAUUUAGG